AUGGCACCCAAGAGAAAGGCAGAGCCGCAGCAGCGACCAGUCGAGGGCCGCUCUGAAUCCAAAAGGCUCAAGGCUGACCGAGCCCAAAAUGCCGUCAAGCAGUCGGUCCUUCUACAGUACUACGACAAGGUGCAGAAUCUCCGCGAAUACCUGCUGUCUAGGCUCCCGAGCUCAUCCAGGCUUCGACGCAAGAAGAUUGCCUCCAUUGGACUGUCACGCGCAUCCCUCGCCAAAGAAGCGCUUCCGGCAGAAGCCGACCUGUCAAAACUGCUAGACUCAACGCUGAUUGUAAAUUUUGUCAUUUGGCAGCUCUUCUCCAGCAACCAGUCAGGUGGUUGGCCCAGGCAUCUUCUUUGCGAUGGCUUCCGAAGAUACGCGCAAAACGCCGGCAACCCGCGAGAGCCCAGAAAUGGCGACUGGCCGUCUGGUCUGUACCCGGUUCAUCCCAACCAUUUCGUCCAGACCCUCAAAGCUUCUCCGUGGCCGCAGCUUCUCAUGCUGUUGGGGAAAUCAGGCGAACAAAUCAUGAUCGACCUUCUCAUUGACACGGCCAUUUUCCUCCCUGCGCAAGCGGGUGUAGGGAACAUGUACCAGCUCAGCGGUACGCCAAUGUUCGCUGCAGACACGGCAAGAUGGGAGCCUGCUGCGGCACAGAAGCCUGCAAAGGACUCCAAGCUUGAAUCCGAGAGGCUGCCGUCAGAGCUGCCCUUCAUGAGAAAUCGCAUGCUGUAUGCCCGCGCUGCUCUCACCGGCCGCGGGACUGUUCACUACGGAUUCAGGCAUAUACAUGUUCUCAGCCGUUGCCCAAGGGUGACAGGUUCUGCCCAGGCCGACCCAGAUCAAAAGACGCGGCUGGAUCAAAGAAAUGAGCAGAACACGUUAAAGGUGAUGAUGUACAUCUUUCCUCGUCAGUUUGGACUGCACAACGUCUUCACCUCCAAGGUCGACCAUCUCAAGACCGCCCAGAAGCUCCCUGACUACACCCUGCGUGAAGAGGAGAUCAACUCGCUGUUCAGGGAUCAGAAGAUUCGAACGCCGAAAAGGCUACGGGGAGACGUCAAACGACUGGUCGGGCACUUGCAGUGGCUUCACGGUCGCUGUGCGUACGCCGAACUGCUGCGUCACCACUGCCCGUCUGCGAUCGAUGGCAAGACUCGGAAAUCGGCGCACAAGAAGCCGGCCAAGCCGUCAGGCACGCAGCUCUCGCUCACCAAUACACAGGCGACAGCACCCGCCAGUCGAAGCGCCGUCACGACAAAGCAUCGCCACAAAGCUCGGCAACAGGCCCCUUCGAUACCGGUGAUCAAGUUCGAUGCCGUCACUGAUCUGGCGACGCCGGCACCCCACGUGUCCGCCUUUUGCCGCGCCGUGCUGGCCAGACUCAUACCCAACGAAUUCUGGGGCAGCGGUCCUGAUCAAGCACAUAAUCGUGACUUGAUCUUCAAGAGAGUUGACCACUUUGUCAGACUGAGGAGAUUCGAAAGCAUGACCCUCGAGGAGGUCACAGCCAUGGACUGGCUGGCGCCGCCCAAACUGAAAGGCAUGAAGACCAGCCAGUCGGACAUGAAGAAGCGGCUCGAGAUCCUGCACGAGUUUCUCUACUAUGUUUUUGAUUCCAUUUUGAUACCCCUAUUGCGCAGUAACUUUUACAUUACGGAGUCGAGCUCUCACCGCUAUCGGCUGUUCUUCUUUCGCCAUGACGUCUGGCGUUAUGUGGCCGAACCAGCCAUGGCGACGCUGAGAGCGAAUAUGUUGGAGGAGGUGAGCCUAGGCGAUGCAAACCGCAUCCUUGCGUCGAGGAGACUAGGGUUCAGCCGCAUCAGACUACUCCCAAAGGGCAAAACCAUGAGACCCAUUACAAAUCUGCGGAGGCGGGCAGUUGUCCAAGGGAGAAACGCACUCGGGCCGAGCAUCAACUCCGUCCUGGGUCCCGUCCAUUCUAUGCUCAGGCUAGAAACUGAGCGUAACCCAUCCAAGCUCGGUUCGUCCAUGUUCUCGGUGGGUGACAUUUACACACGGCUCCGUUCAUUCAGCGCAAGCUUUGGCGAGGACAGUCCGACCUUUUACUUUGCAAAAGUGGACGUGCAAUCCGCCUUCGACACCAUCCCUCAAGAUGCCGUCGUUAGGCUCAUGGGAGGCGUCCCAAGCCAAGCGCAGUAUGUCAUCAAAAAGCACCUCGAAGUCAAGGCCGGUCUGGUGGACCCUCGACUCCAAAGGCGCCCUGCUUCGAAGCUUACAAGGCGAUGGCACUCGCUCGCCAGCACCCGAGAUGAUCCAGCCGGCUUUGCGCAGGUCGUCCAAGAGCGCCUCGGCGUAAAGAGAAAGAAUGCCGUGUUUGUGGGUAACAUUUCGCGGAAAGAGCACGCGACAAAGUGCCUCAUGGAGUUGAUGGAGUCGCACAUCCAGCACAACCUCGUCAAGGUCGGCAAGAAGUACUACAGGCAGAAGAAGGGCAUCCCGCAGGGUUCUGUCUUGUCAUCGGCUCUCUGCAACUACUUCUACGCCGACCUCGAAGCAGAGCGUCUUUCUUUCCUUCGCAGCAAGGAUUGUCUGCUUCUAAGGCUCAUUGAUGACUUCCUCCUCAUUUCGACGAGCCAGAGGAAAGCCCGCAAGUUCGUCAAGGUCAUGCACGGUGGUGUUCCCGAGUAUGGCGUGGCAGUCAACCGCAACAAGACGCUAGUCAACUUCGACCUGGAGCUUGACGGCGUAAAGGUGUCCAGGGCACCAGAAUCGGGCCCGUUCCCCUACUGUGGCUUGAGUAUUGACUGCAAAACGCUUGACAUGAUCAGGGACCACGACACGACGAAGGGGGCCGCAGUCUCGAACGCCCUGACUGUCGACUACGGAGUCAAGCCGGGGCAAAACUUCCAGAGAAGGGUCCUGAACGCCUUCAAGAUCCAGUCCCACUGGAUGUUCUACGAUACCCGACACAACACGCUCGAGACCGUCUUCUCCAACCUCCACAAGGCCUUCACGGAGACGGCAGAAAAGAUGCUAGCUUACUGGCGCUGCCUGCCUGCUGCUAAGCGACCCAGAAGCCGCAUGCUCACGCAAACCAUCAACAGGAUCAUCGAUGUGGCAUUUGUGCUCCUCACGGGCAAGGCGAGGAAGGAAAAGCACCCCGGUUACAGCUGCACCUUGGAGAAGACGCACGUUACCUGGCUAGCACUUGAUGCCGUGAGAAAGGCCUUGUUGAAAAGGCAGGCGAACUUUGCACCGGUCCUUGGGUGGAUUGAUGCCGAGUUGGGCAGACUCGACACAGCGAAGACUGCACGGGACGAGCGACGCCCGGCGCUUCGGUCGUGCCUCGAGCACUAUGCGGCAAACAGGGACGCAAUCUUUGACGGGCCUCCGUCGAGGAUCGAUACGCCAUUGAUCAUUGUAGAUUUUGACGACGCCGAGUCAUGGAGCAAAGAAGAGGGGCCGAGGCGGGUGAGCCUGCACAUCAUCCGGAACGUCAUUGGGCUGCGCAGGAAGCUGGCGUGGCCCAGCCCGUCCGAGAUUACGAUGGAAUCGGCGACGCUCGUGAGGGACCCGGCUCUGAGAAUAGUGCUACUGGAACGCUUGAGCCCGACGUCGCUGCUGCUCAACCUCAGCGAAAAGGUCCUGCUGGAGCUGCUGACGUACCAUCAGGUCCCGUCCUGCCUGCUCAACUUCCUCACGAGCGGCGCCGAGUCCUGGAGUUUCGCGAGCAGCAUGCGCUUCGCCGGGUUUCGGGGCACGACGAGCCUGGCCUCUAAACAGGGCAUGGCUGUGGCGAAUCUCGGCCGGAGCGGCUCGCACAUACAGCUCUGCUUCACAAUGUUCAGCAUGCGGAGGUACCCCCUCCACGCGUGGCCCAAGGGCGAAGACCCGAGCAAGACGCCGCGUUGGCAGCCCCACGCGGCGGCGGCGUACGUCCACUUUGACGUCGUCGAAGGCACGGCGGUCUGGCUGCUCACGAGCCCGCGGAGCUACCACCGGGAGAAGGGAAAAGGCACGCAGAAUCUCUUGUGGGAUACGGUCAAGGAGAGGUUCGAGGGGACACUGGAGGGGAUGAGCGCUCUAGGGGUGGCCGACCGGUUCCGGGUCAGUCUGGAUUGCCUCCUUGCUGUUGUCGAAUGGGCUGUGGACGAGCUCUCACCGCAUUUCCAGGAUUUGGAACUGCAUCUAUCGAAACUGACAAAGCCGUACCUGCAUCCCUUUGACGAAGAGGACGACGCGCAGACGGAUGCGAUCCACGAAGUAGAUCUCCGCCGCAUGGCGUUCCUCAUGGAGCAGCGUCACCGCAGCGCCAUGAGGGUCGACAGCAACCUCCGCGUCCUCCAACGCCUCCGAGAAUUUCUCACUGAACAGGUGACCGACGAGCUGGACAGGCUUGAUCUUCGCCACGCCAGCGAGAUGCAGGCGCACUUGGACAAGUUCAAAGGCGAGUUAUCGUCAGCGAUGGAGGAGAUGGAGGAUUUGAUGCAGCGGGCGCAGGCCCUGGACAAGCUGGCCGAGAACCGAGAGGAAUACAUUCAACGGAUGCAGACGCACCAUGCGAACCAGCAGAUGAAGUCGAUCGCCGAGCUGACCGCAGAUGACUCGGCCGCAAUGAAGCAGCUUUCUUUCAUAGCAUUGAUCCUGCUGCCAGUGACUGUCGUAUCGACCGUCCUGAGUACAGACAUUGUAAAGUUUCAGGACCUUCCGAACGAAAACGAAAGCGCUUCUGCCGCCGGGGAGGGUCCUCCCGACGCGCCCGUCCCGGUGUACAGCUUCUCGGUCGCGGCGUUCGGGACCUGGGCCGUCGCGAGCCUGGUCAUGACGGUCGUCACCCUCGCCAUCGUCAAGCCGCUGGGUGCGAGGCGGGGUGCGAACAAGAAGACCAGAUUGCGGCUCCCGCGGCUGUCGAUGCCUUGGAGUCUUGGAGGCGUGGCUCACACGGGCGAGGGGCAGACGACCACGCUAUCCGAGCCAAGCCCGGCUGCACGCUCGAUCCACACGGCGCCGGCAGUGGGCAAGACGGCAUCACAGUGUCCAGAAACUCCGGUAGGGGGCUUGGGGGGCCCUGUGGCGGUGGCAGACGAGGAGGGCAAGAGAGACGACGUCGACGGCGGCGGCGGCGGGGACUGGUUUACCCCGUUGAACCAUAAAAGACAAAAGGAAGCACCGUUGUCCGAACGUUUGAUGGUGGUGGGCAGAGAAACCGGUUGA